AUGAGUAAUAUAGGACCACGUCAAGAUCCUUUUGGAUCAUUUUUAUUAAUACAAGGUCUUGAAACCUUAUCAUUGAGAGUUUGUAGGCAAGCUGAAAGUGCUUUAGUGGUUAGAAUUGAGAGCGACGCAAAUGUUAAAGCUGCAUUUAUUGAAGCUUUACAACUUGCAAGUAAGCCAUUUGACAAAUGUGGUGACGCUGGUACAUCUUGCUUCAAGAAUAAUGGAUGAAGAACGGUUAUCGAUAGGAGUAAAUAAGGAGAUGAUACGUGUCUCUGUUGG